GGGCGCUUCUCACGAUCCCUCAUGCAGAUCUCUGGCUAUUUGACAUCCUGCCGAAGUCAGACGUAAGCUGGAUCCUUGCUUUUGCCAAAGCGAAUGACCUUCCGAGCUUGGUCACACAGAGCUAGACAACACUCAACACGAUUCGGCAUCUUGCCGGAGCUACGGGAUCCACCACCUAUACAUACGCCAUCAAAACCACUCGUAGAACAGAGCAGAGCCACGCCGAGCGCUCAUCUCCGCUGACCGACCGCGAGCGCAUCGAGCGCGUCACCGACGAUAUGCCACCCGCGAGCUCCUCCUUCACGCCCCUCAACAUUGAAGACGACGUCGUACCAGAAUGGCUGGAUUCCUUUACUCUGGUUGCGCCCCCAAACACAGAUCUAUGGAGGAGGCCAUCAUCGGGUGACAUCUCAACCGCUCCCAUCCUCUACACUGCUUUGAGCAAUCCCUUCAUCGUAGCAGAAGUCACGGUUACGGGAGACUGGCAGCUUGAAUGGGAUCAAGGAGGGCUCGUCAUAUUCGCAGGCGCACCGCCAGGACAGACAGCGACGGCAUCAACAACCGCAACACCGACACUGGAGGUCCCUAAUGUUGCGAAUAUUCGGUUGGACGACAGCGCGACGCCGAGCUCCGCCGUCUCACUCUCGCAAACCUCAAGUAUUGACAAUGUUGAGAGCUGCGACACGACAACUUCACACAGCCCGGCAGAGAUGUCAGGUCCCAGCCCUCAACUAGAUCGCGGGCCCCCACCACCAUACGAAGUUCCUGCGCCAGCAUCCAAGUGGGUGAAAGUCGGGCUUGAGUUCUGCGGCAACGUAUGCCACGCUACAGCUGUAGCCGCCAAUUGCGAAGGCGCUGACUGGUCACUGAGUUCGCUUCCUCCCCUUCAACAACGGCUCAAGGAACUGCGCGUCAAGAUGGAGCGCAUCGGUUACGCGCUGUGGGUGUCGUACGAGGAAGAACCGGGGAUUUGGAGGAAGUUGAGAGAAGUCACUUGGUUCUUCUGGGGUGUAGAAGACAAGGCCGUACGCGUUGGCGUCUACGCGAGCCGACCUGCAAACUUUGGCAUCACCAUGUGGGAUCACAGACACCGUCUGGGACUCAACAACGAACAGCGAAAUUUAUGCGUCGAAUUUGAAGAUCUGGAGAUCCAUUGACCACGCACGUCGCCUUGUUUAUUUCUGUCGGUCUAUCAUUGCAUUCAGCGGCUGUUCGUGAAGCCCAGGAUCACGAACAGAUGCUCUCUUUGCCUCGCACAUCUCUAUCAUGUCCCUAUUCGUAAUCGUCUUUCUGGCAUCUGCAUCGUAAUCAGUUUUGAGUUUCG